AUGUGUACUAAAGUUAGUACCAGUUUAGUACAUCGCUUGGUCUCAUUCGAAUCGCUUUUUGUCACAACGGUGAAAACCGCAUCUAGCAUUCGUCGCUUCGUGUCGGGCGUUUUACGGCAAUUGAACGAAAACAUGGAAUUAGAAGAAACAACCUCUUCAGAUCUGAUCUCAUCUUCAGAGGAGCAACCGUGCACGCUAGCUCACCAGAUGGUGCAUUUUUUCUACCACCGGCAAGCCAUCGCUAAAGAUGCAUGGGAUAUUUCGUUUUGGCAAAUGUUCCGCGUUCACUAUCCCGAUGUUGAGCUCGAUGCCAAAGCACUGCGCUCUUACUUCUUCCAGGUAGUGAUGGGCAAUGCGUCCGCACUGCAAGAUCUGCAGUAUGCGGUAGUCCAGUACAUCAAUCCACUGUUUAACAAGAUCCGUAAGGAAGUGCUCGAGUCUCGGGAUGUUGUCGAGGGUACCGAUUAUGUGUACGAGCACGAUGAGAAGGAUGCAUCGCCGGUGGCCGUCCACAAUGACGAGCUGCCGCCGUUGCGUUUGCAGGCAAGUUCUUCGCAGAGCCUUGCAUCAUCAUCACGCGUAACUAAACGCUACAUAACACCGAGUCCCGAGCAAAUUCGUAAUUAUGUUGCCACGGAACUUAGCGAAAUUCUCUGGACGGAAGAUGAGAAGCUGACAAAACCUACACUCGAUAUAAACGAGUGUUUGUUGCGGGUGGCCUUUCUCACGAAGAAAAACAUCCCGUUGAUAAGCUGCAUCGAACCCGGCAUGGCAUGUUACGAUCGUUUGAAACAGGCUGGUUUGAUCGAGGUACUGCCGCAAAAUGAUUCGACGACGGACGAUACGCAAGAUUCUACGCCACAGUUGGAGCUGGCCGCCGCUUUUUCAACACCCAUCGCAAUGGGCAGCCGUUCGAAAAAUUACGAUUCCAUUCUGAAACACGUUCGUAGCAAACCGCGUAGAGGAGUUUUCAAGAAGCACGCAACGUAG